AUGGAUCAUAAAAAACUAUUAGAAAAUGUUAUGAUUGAUUUGCUCAAGGAUCCAACUUGUCCAAUUUAUCAAGUAUAACUAAUUUAUUUAUUAUAUAUAGUAUUAAGACUGGCAAUUGAUAAGUAUAUGCCAAUAACUAUAAUUACAUAAUUUCAGCAAUAUAAAAGAUUAGGAUUUUCAAAAUAAGUUUGCUUAGCUCUUUAUAAAUUAUUUGGAAGCAGAAAAUGAAAUUUAAAAUAUUUUAGAAUAAUCCUCAAUAAAAAGAAGUGAUUCUAAAAAAAAUAAUGAAGAUCGUUCGCAUCAAAACAAUUAAUGUUCAUAAAGUAAGUUUUUAAUUAAUUCAAAUUAAGAAGCAGAUAUUCAAAAAUAGGAAUAAUUUGAUACUUUUAGGAAUAAGAAAAAAAUCAAAUUAAAGUAGUAAAAACCCUCUGAUUUUUUGGAAAUUGAAGAAAAACCUUCACCUCCUAAUUCAGCAAAUUAACAAAUAGUGAUACCUUAAAUACCAAAAUAAACUCAAUAUACUUUUGAUCAAUUAAUUGAUAAUCUUCAAGAUAAAAACUUAUAAAAAGAAAAAACAUAAAAAAUCACCUCAAAUGAAUAAGAAUUAAAUGAAUCUAUUAUUUAAAGAUAAGUGUAUGAUCAUGAUCUAGAACCAAUAAAAAAAAAAAAGAAUAAAAAUAUUAAAGAAUUUUCAAAUUAAGUUCAAUCUAUAUAAAAAUUAAAAGCUAAUGAUAAUUUUGGAAGUAAAUAGUGUAAUAAUAUUGAUUAAAGAAAAAAAGAAAUUGAAAAUAAUAUUGAAAACUUAAUAAUUGAAUAAAACAUUAGGAAAAAUAAACAAAUUUAAAUUUAAAAAAAACCAUCAAGAGCAAUAAUUGAUACAUCUCCUGAAGAAGGAGAAAUUGUUAUUUAAAUUUCAGAUUCUGAAUCAGAAAAAUAAAAAAAAACUUCUGUUUUUAGAAAUUAGAAUGGAAAAUACUAAAUGGAUGAUCUAAUCUAAGUGAAAAACAAUAAAAUAUAUCGAAAAGAAUAUGUUUAAAAAUAAAAAAUAUUUACUUAAUUAAAUAAUACAAAAGAUUCAGAUUAAAAUUAAGAAAAAUAGAUUAAUCCUAUAUAAAAUUCUCACAAUAGAAUAGAAUUUGAAAUUCAAAAGCGCAAGUAAUAAUUAGAAGAUUAAUAUAACAUAAUUUAAUCUUAGCCUUCUUAAUAAAAACAAAAUAAAAUAUAAAAUUUAGAGAGAAAUAAUUAAAAUAGUUCUUUAACUAAUACUAGUAAUAGUAUAUAGUAAUAAAAAAAUUCAUUGUAAGAGAUUUAAAAUGUAGAUUCUGCACCCAUUUUGAAUACAAAUAUUGGAAUUCAAAAGGAAGCUAAUUUCAUUAAUUAGAAUCAAUAAAUGAACCAAAAUGAUUAUUCUGGAAUAAAUCUUGAAAAUAAUAAUAAAUCUCUUAAAUAACAAAAUCUUUAUAAUUCAUAUUUAAAUCAUAAUAAACAAUAAUCAUGCCCUAAAUAAAUAUAAAAUCUCAUUUAAAAUCCUUAUAUAUCAAAUAAUAUGUUUAAGUAAUCAAAUAUUUAUCCUUAAUCUGCAAAAAAUACAAGUAGAAUUCUUGAAGAUGAUUAAAAUAUAGAAGGAUUAUAGGAGAAAAAACCAAAAUUAGAAACCAUAAAUUUUAGUAAAAAUAAUGUUGUUUAAUAAACAACAUUAAAUAAACAUCCUUAAACUAAUUAAUGUAAUUAUUGUAAAUAAAUUGAUGGGAAAAUUAAACUAAUAGAAAUUGAAAAUGAAGUUAAAAUUUGUUCAUGUUGUUUACUUGAGAAAUUGAAUCCAUUUAAGAAAAUUAUUUAUACUUUAGGAUAUUUAGAAUAUUAAUAUUAAUAAAGAACAUAAAGUAAAAUCCAUCUUGAUUUUAAAAUUUCAUAAGAGCAAUUUUAAUGUCCAGGAAUGUAACUAGAAAUUAGAUGCGUUAUGAUGAAUAAAAAUGGAUUAACAGAUUUUACUUUUCCUAAUAGUUGCAUACUUCACAUUAAUGGAGUUAUAAUUAAAGAAUUUAAACCUCUUAUUGAUAAAUCAUGUUUAAAAAAAAGAAAAGAUCAAUGCAUCCUAAUCAAUCUUAAUACAUUUCAAAAAACAUAUGGAAUUUAAAAAAAAUACACUUUUACUUGUGUAGAAAUAAUUCCAGAAUCUAUGAUGAGGUAAGAGAUUCCAUAAUAGAUAUACAUUUUUGGAUUGUUUUUAGUUUAAGAUUUAAGUUUAGAUUAAGUUAUUAAUUCUAUAGUUAAUUAGAGUAUGUUGUCUCAAAUUAAAAUUGAUGCAUACAAAAAUGAAAUCAAAGUAGAUAAAAUUAAAGUUAGUCUUAUUUGUUAAUAUUCCUUUGAUUUAAUUAAAAUACCCGCAAGGUACUAAUUAAAUUAUAAUUUAGAGGAGAAUUUUGUUAACAUUAAUAGUGCUUUAGCUUAAAUAAUUAUUUGGAUAUGAUGAUGCACGCAGAACAUAUGAAAUGGAUAUGUCCAAUUUGUAAAAAAAAUUGUAUUAGCUUGAGAAUCGAUCAUUAUUAGUGGGAAAUUUUAAGAAAACUUUAAUAGUUAAAUAUUAAAGUUGAUUAAAUUACUGUUGAUUAAAAUGUAAAGAAAUAUUUUAAAGUAUAAAGGGUACUUUAGAUUCUAAGGAUCCUUUUUAUCCAAUAAUUUAGGAUAAUAAAAUUUAAAGUUAUGGUGAUCUUAUUUCAUAAGGAUAUUAUAAUUUUGAAAGAUGUUUUCUUUAAUUCGAUAAUGAAAAUGAAAUUAUUUCUAAGAACAAAUAUCAACCUUAAGGUGAAAAUGAAGUUAAUGCUAUUCUAAUUGAUUGA